AUGGGGAUGGAGACGGAUGCGAAAGGUUAUGUAUCGGAAAAGGAUCGAGAUGGAGUGUUUAAGACUCAACUUUGUUUAUUGGAAAAUCGUACGUGCUUUGACUGCGAUGCACCUAAUCCUAGUUGGUUAUCGCUAAGCUUCGCAAUCUACCUCUGCCUCAAUUGUUCUGGUCGCCACAGGCAAAUGGGCACACAUGUAUCGUUUGUUCGUUCCAUAGAUAUGGACAAGUUCACUGUUGAGCAAUUGGCCAGAAUGACUUCUGGGGGAAACAAACGGGCCAAGAUCUACUUUGACUCUAAGGGUAUUCCCAGAAAUUCACACGGAUAUUCCUCAAAGGCAGCUGCUAUCUACAAGUUGUUACUAGAUGGCGAUAAAACUAAAAUUGAUAGCAUAGAUACUAGCAAAAUUGAAGGACAAGACAAGAAGAAAAUAAUCGAUGAUGAUUGGUUUGAUCAGAAGAUGAAAUCGAUCACUCCUGCCAAAAAAUUGGGUGCUAGACAAAUAGACAAUUCUGAAUUUGAUAACUUAUUCACAAAAACUAAUCCUGCAGUUUGUGAUACUAAUUAUCCUCCAUUUUCAUAUGUGGAUGGUAAUUCUGAAUUUAUGACUCCUCCUCCCUCCAAUACAUAUUCAACUUCUACACCUCAUCACCAGCACAAUCCUUACGGUGGUCACUUUUCCAGCAUCUCCAAUGCAUAUGCAACAAACUCUUUCGGGGACUCUUCAACCUUCCGUACCAACACUAGAGUGUCUAAUAGAGAGAACAAUGAUUAUUGGCCUGCCAUUGAAGAGACUGCUCAGAAUAACAUUCAUGAACUAAAGGAGGGGAUUAAAUACAUCAUUUCUAAGGGCAAUGUGUUUUACGAUAAGGCAAGGAAUUGGUUCAACAACAUAUAA